GUCUCCCGGAUGCCCGGAGGGGGCGGCGGCCUUCCCUCUGGGUCCCGGGAGGCUGCGGCGGCGGCGUCGGUCACAGCGAACGCGGCUGCCGCCGGAGCUCGUGUGGGCUUGGUACGAGGAGCGUGAGGGUCUCCGCCUCCCCCCUGCCGUGCCGGGCUGCUCGGCGCCUCCCCCAGCCGGGCCCCGGGCGUCGCGGCCGCCGCCGUCGGAAGCCCUCCCGGCGGGCCCCGCGCCGCGGGCCGGACGAUGCCCAAGAAGCUGCUGCUGCUGCCGCCGCUGUCCGUGUCCUCGGCCUUCCGCGCCCCGCGGGUCAGCGCCGCCGCCCGCCUGGCCAUGAACGCCGCCCGCACCGGCUACCGGGUCUUCUCGGCCAACUCCACGGCCGCGUGCACCGAGCUGGCCAAGCGCAUCACCGAGCGUCUGGGCGCUGAGCUGGGGAAGUCCGUGGUGUACCAGGAGACCAAUGGAGAAACAAGAGUCGAAAUAAAAGAAUCUGUUCGAGGCCAAGACGUUUUCAUCAUACAGACGAUCCCCAGAGACGUGAACACCGCUGUGAUGGAGCUGCUGAUCAUGGCCUACGCGCUGAAGACCGCCUGCGCCAGGAACAUCAUUGGCGUCAUCCCUUACUUCCCCUACAGCAAGCAGAGCAAGAUGCGGAAGAGGGGCUCCAUCGUGUGCAAGCUGCUGGCGUCCAUGCUGGCCAGAGCGGGUCUAACUCACAUUAUCACUAUGGAUCUUCACCAGAAGGAAAUCCAAGGCUUUUUCAGCUUUCCCGUGGACAACCUGAGAGCUUCACCUUUCCUGCUUCAGUACAUCCAGGAAGAAAUUCCAAAUUACAGAAAUGCAGUCAUUGUAGCUAAGUCUCCUGAUGCUGCGAAAAGGGCCCAGUCCUACGCAGAGAGGCUGCGGCUGGGCUUGGCCGUCAUCCACGGGGAGGCGCAGUGCACCGAGCUGGACAUGGACGACGGCCGCCACUCGCCCCCCAUGGUCAAGAACGCCACGGUGCACCCCGGCCUGGAGCUGCCGUUGAUGAUGGCCAAAGAGAAGCCGCCGAUCACCGUGGUCGGGGACGUUGGCGGGAGCAUCGCCAUCAUCGUGGAUGACAUCAUUGAUGACGUGGAAAGUUUCGUUGCUGCUGCAGAGAUCCUGAAAGAGAGAGGCGCUUACAAGAUCUACGUCAUGGCCACACACGGCAUCCUGUCCGCAGAGGCCCCGCGCCUGAUCGAGGAGUCCUCCAUCGAUGAGGUGGUGGUGACCAACACUGUCCCCCACGAGGUGCAGAAGCUGCAGUGCCCCAAGAUCAAGACGGUGGACAUCAGCCUGAUCCUCUCCGAGGCCAUCCGCAGGAUCCACAAUGGGGAGUCCAUGGCGUACCUCUUCCGGAACAUCACCGUGGACGACUAGCUCCACGGUGGCCUGGGCCUGGGCUCCUGAGGAGGACGGUGCCGUCACUACGUACAUGGUGUUUCCUUCCCAGGGAGGCAGCGGCUCCCGUCCAGAUUGGCCAGCGGGAGGCAUUCAGGUAGCCGAGAGGGAGACCACACUAACGGAUAAAUGGCCUUAAACAUGCGCCCUCACCAUCCUGUUCCUUCAAGGAACAUUCCAGCACUUUUCAGAGGAGAACCAGAGCUGAUGGUGCUGGAAGGACUUCCGGCAGCCGUUCUAACUCCGGAACGUUCCAGCCUCGGGGAAUGCGUGCUCAUGUUCAGCCUGGGGAGGGAAGCCGAGUGCUGGCACCAUUUCCAUCCUCGGGUGAAAUUCUGGAGAGGUGCCUUUUCCUGGAGAAGCCGCUGGUGCAGCCAGUGAGCAGGCGCGUGCGCAGUAUUCUCCCCAGCAAGGACGCGGUCAGAGUGGCGCCCUCCGCUGUGUGCCUUGCUGGUCUCUUCACGCUAUUGCACAGCCACCCACUGUGUGCCUCCUGUGACUACCUGGUCCAGAACUCCGCAGGAAAUGCGGGAUGCAGUCGGGGGUGGGGUCCAUGGUGGUCCCAGUCCCAGGCAGAUGUCUGUCACAGGUCCUGUCCUUCCGACCUGUUGGCGUGAGGUCCCCGUUGAGAUGGUUAAGAUCUAAAUUUGUAAAACAACUGGUUGUAGUUUCCCCGUUAUAGGUGACACUGUUUAUUGAAUCACCUAGGCUGCACGUGGCCUUUCUACCCAACGUUUAAAAUGACACUCAGCACCCUGGCGCACACCAGUUGUCAGGGAGACCUGGCUGCACCCUCUGGUCCAACCCGGGGCAGCGAGUGUAGCGACGGGGAGGAGGGCGUCUGCCCGUGACCGGAAUUGCUUGUUGGGUCUGGUAGUUCCUCGGAGACAAUAAAGGCCAAUUUGCACAGUU